AUGAGGAAGAUGCUGGCCGCUGCUGUCUCUCGCAUGCUGUCUGACAUCACCCCGAAGCCUGCUACUAGCAGAGUGCUGGUAGCAUCCUGUGACUAUUCAAAUGAUGCUACAUUUGAAAUUAAGAAAUGUGAUCUUUAUCGGUUGGAAGACGGUCCCCCUGUCACUGCAAUGCUCACCCGGGAGGACGGACUCAGAUAUUACAGGGUGAUGCAGACUAUUCGCCAAAUGGAAUUGAAGGCAGAUCAGUUGUAUAAACAGAAAUUUAUUCGUGGUUUCUGUCACUUGUGUGAUGGUCAGGAAGCUUGCUAUGUGGGUCUUGAGGCCGGGAUAAAUCCCAGCGAUCACAUCAUCACAUCCUAUCGGGCUCACGGUUUGUGCUACACUCGUGGACUUUCUGUCCAAUCAAUUCUUGCAGAGCUGACAGGACGAAGAAGUGGUUGUGCUAAAGGAAAAGGAGGAUCGAUGCAUAUGUAUACCAAGAACUUCUAUGGGGGCAAUGGCAUUGUGGGUGCUCAGGGUCAGAUAUCUGAAGCUUACAACAUGGCAGCUUUGUGGAAUUUACCUUGUAUUUUCAUCUGUGAGAAUAACCGCUAUGGAAUGGGAACAUCUGUUGAGAGAGCAGCAGCCAGCACUGAAUACUACAAGAGAGGCAAUUUCCUCCCUGGACUCAGGGUAGAUGGAAUGGAUGUUCUGUGUGUCCGCGAGGCAACUAAGUUUGCAGCUGACUACUGUAGAUCUGGAAAGGGGCCCAUACUGAUGGAGCUGCAGACAUACCGUUAUCACGGACACAGCAUGAGUGAUCCUGGAGUCAGUUAUCGGACACGAGAAGAAAUUCAGAAUGUAAGAAGUAAGAGUGAUCCCAUUAUGCUUCUCAGAGAUAAAAUGGUAAACAACAAGCUUGCCAGUGUUGAAGAACUGAAGGGAAUUGAUGUUGAAGUGAGGCAAGCAAUUGAUGAGGCAGCCCAGUUUGCUACAACUGAUCCUGAACCAUCUUUGGAAGAUUUAGGCCAGCACAUUUACAGCAGUAAUCCACCUUUUGAAAUUCGUGGUGCAAAUCAGUGGAUCAAAUUUAAGUCAGUCAGUUAA